AGCUUGAAAGCAGGGAAAUCCGGAUGUCUCGGUUAUGAAGUGGAGCAGUGGGGGCCCCAACAUAUUUCCAGAAGUCUCCAUCCAGACUGGUGAUUGCACGCCUCUGUUACUGCCAGUGGCUGUCUGAGGUGUUUCUCUGGCUCGGAAGGAGUUGACACAAUGACCAAGUGCUUCAGCCUGGUGUUGCUUCUUACCUCCAUCUGGACCACAAGGCUCUUGGUCCAAGGCUCUCUCGGGGUACAAGAGCUUUCCGUCUCGGUGCCAUGCAGAAUUAAGGGGGUCACCCUUGUGGAAAAGAAGACACCUGAGCAGCUGAAUUUCACAGACGCCAAUGAGGCCUGUAAACUGCUGGGUCUAACGUUAGCCAGCAAAGACCAGAUUGAAGUAGCACUGAAGUCUGGCUUUGAGACUUGCAGCUAUGGAUGGGUUGCAGAUCAGAUCUUAGUCAUCCCUCGGAUUCUCCCAAACCCCAAGUGUGGAAAGAAUGGGGUAGGUGUCCUGCUUUGGAGAAAUCUUCCCAACAAAAAGUCCAAGGCCUAUUGUUACAACUCAUCUGAUACUUGGGCUAACUCAUGCUUACCAGAAAUUUUCACCACCGAGGAUCCCAUAUUCAACACUCAGACUGCCACAUACACCACAGAAAUGAUCGGCAGUGACACUGUACACUCAACAUUAUCUCCAGAUGUGCCUUACUACACUACACCCCCUCCUGCCCGUACUCGGGCUUCCACUUCUCCAAGAAAAAGAAAAUUAAUUUGCAUAACAGAAGUUUUUAUGGAAACUACCACCACAUCUAUAGAAACUGAAUCACAUAUGGAAUAUAAAGCAGCAUUCAAGAAUGAAGAUGCUGGGUUUGGAGGUGUGCCCACGGCUCUGCUAGUGCUGGCCCUCCUCUUCUUUGCGGCUGCGGCUGGACUCGCCUAUUGCUACGUCAAAAGGUAUGUAAAGGCCUUCCCUUUUACAAACAAGAAUCAGCAGAAGGAAAUGAUUGAAACCAAAGUAGUGAAGGAGGAGAAGGCCGAUGAUAGCAACCCUGGUGAGGAAUCAAAAAAAACUGAUAAAAAGCCAGACGAGCCCAAGAGCACACCCAAAACUACAGUGCGAUGCCUGGAAGCUGAAGUUUAGAUGAGAAUGAGAUGAGAGAACACACCCGAAGCUGAUUUCUCUCCUGACACACAUCCUGGCCCCAGAGGGGGAAACUAAAAGGGCCAAAGAACCACAUAAGAAAGUCCAGCCUUGCUUCCUAACUGGACUCAGCGCAGGGCUACCUUUGGACUCUGUAGGUAACAUAACCUUCUUACUCAAUCCUGCUGGAUCCUAUCCUCCUGCCUCCAAAGCUUCCCACAGCUUGUCUUGCCUCAUUAUGUCCUAAUAAUAUCCCAGUGGGAGGAAGGAGCUUAGCAGAGCCCAAGGAUCUAAAACAGCUAAUCAGGACACAUUUGUAAAGAGGCCUCUGGGCUGGCGGAGAACAGGGGAGUCGAGAGCCAAGAAACCACCC